AACGGUGGAUGCAUGCACGCCUGCCACAACACUUUCGGCAGCUACCUUUGCAGCUGCUUCACUGGCUUCCGACUACAGCAUGAUGGUCAUCGUUGCUACGACGUUGACGAAUGUAGAGCGUGGAGCAACCCCUGCCAGCAACUCUGCACCAACACGCACGGAAGUUUCGUCUGCUCAUGUAAAAGUGGAUUCCAUCUUAACAGUGAUCGAAAGACGUGUACCGACAUAAACGAGUGUGACGAUGAUGAUAAGCUAACAAAAUGCCAACAUUAUUGUGUCAACACGUUUGGUUCCUAUCACUGCCUAUGUGCCCAUGGCUACGCAUUACAUUCUGACGGAAAAACUUGUUUAGGUUGGUCGGUGUGUGUAUGUGUCAACCACAAAAACGUGGCUCUGGUAACUUCCGCCACCACAUUAGCCACAACUUCCGAGCCAAUGCAACAGAUUGAAACCUUCACAGGUAAGUUUUCGUUGAUUGAAAAUGAACAAAACUUUCAUUUGAAACCAGAUCCAACGACGGUUCAUUUCAACGUUCAACUGAAAGGUCGUUUUGGGCCAGACUGCCAGUUCAGUUGUUUGUCAUCUUGCGAGAAUGGAGCCAGAUGCAAUGGUCAGCUCAACGCCUGCCUCUGCACGCCUGGCUGGUUUGGAAUUCUCUGUCAGUAUCCUUGCCCUCAGAAUUUCUACGGCUCGGACUGCCAGUACAUGUGCGGGUGUGUGAACGGCGGAAAGUGCAACUCCGUGGAUGGGUCAUGCACGUGCCCACCCAACCGCAGAGGAGAAAGAUGCCAGCAUGGAUGCCCGUCCGGGUACUACGGACCUCACUGCAAACAGAAAUGUCCCUACCAGUGCAAAAGUGGGUCAUGUAAUGAGGUCACAGGUCAUUGCGAAUGUGGUCCGGGUCGUAAGGGGGUCACGUGUGCUGACGAGUGUGAAAGUGGCUACUGGGGAACUGAUUGUGCUUACUUCUGCAAAUGUCAUGCAGAACAAUCUCGUGGGUGUCACUCCCUGACAGGAACGUGCAUCUGCAAUCGCGGCUACACAGGCGACACGUGUGAACUGAAGUGUCCUGAUGGUUUCUAUGGUUAUGGAUGCUACGAGAGAUGCAGUUGCGGCAAAGAUGGCGGAGUGGGAGGACACUGUGAUCACGUGAACGGAAGUUGUUUCUGUCCUCCUGGUUACAGAGGAGAGAUGUGCGAUGAAGCCUGUCCGCCGAACAAGUACGGCCACAGCUGUUCAGAAACAUGCGAAUGCGUGGUCAACCAAUCAAAAUCCUGCAGUCUUCGUGAUGGCUUCUGUCAGUGCAAACCUGGAUUCAAGGGCAAACAUUGCGAGGACAAAUGUUCGAAGGGGUUUUUUGGGGAGGGGUGCAACUAUUUCUGUCAGUGUUACAAUGGGGCCACCUGUGAUCACGUGACUGGGGACUGUUCCUGUCCGCCGGGGUGGUGGGGUGACGGCUGUCGAGAGGUGUGUCCAGCUGGAAUGUGGGGCAAAAACUGUGGAGAGAGAUGUACGUGUAGCCAACCUUCUCAAUGCGAUGCAGUGAGCGGGCGAUGCUUGUGCGCGAUUGGUUGGACUGGAGCCAGAUGCCAUCAAAAAUGUCCCCCAAAUAAAUUUGGCGUUAACUGUUCGACUCCAUGUAACUGUAACGAACGUGGUACCUUAAGGUGCCAUCCUGAAACUGGCACGUGCGAAUGUUCUGAUGGUUUCAUUGGAGUGAAUUGCGAAAAAAUUUGUCCUGGCGGUUAUUACGGAGAAGCCUGCAAGCAGAAAUGCACGUGUGCCAACAACUCAACGUGCCAUGCAGCGAGUGGGAAGUGCAGAUGCAAGAGUGGAUGGCUCGGCGAUGACUGUGACAAACCUUGUGGCGUUGGUUUCUUCGGUCCGAAGUGCAGCAGGCCGUGCAGAUGUGGAAGCGACGAAGAGUGCGACCACGUCAAUGGUGACUGCUACUGCAGGGACGGUUUCAGCGGGCAGCGAUGUACGAGAGAUUGCCCAGAAAAGACUUUCGGGCCGAAAUGUGAAUUCGAAUGUUGGUGCCAUCCCUCUUCCGUCUGCCAUCCUUACUUCGGAAGUUGCAGAUGUCCUCCGGGAUUCCUUGGACCGCACUGCAACGAAACGUGUCCGGUUGGUUACCAUGGAGAUAACUGCACCAAAAUUUGCGACUGUCUCAACGGAGCUACUUGUGAUCACGUUUCAGGGAUGUGCAGUUGUAGAGAUGGCUGGAUUGGAAGUAAAUGCGAACAAGCCUGUUCUGAGGGUUUCUACGGCCACAAAUGUCAGAAUGCAUGCCUCUGCCAGUCGCAAUCAAAAUGUGAUCACGUGACUGGCCGAUGCACAUGUGGAAUGGGCAGGACGGGAGAGAUGUGCCAGGAAGAAUGUGUGAAUGGUACAUUCGGUCCGGAUUGUUCACAGAGGUGUCAGUGUUUGAAUGGGGCAAGUUGCAAUGCUGUUUCGGGAGUUUGCGUCUGCCCGGCUGGGUGGUACGGUCCCAGAUGUCAGUUCGUCUGUCCGAAUGGAUGGUUCGGCUCUCACUGCGAGCACAAGUGUUCGUGUGCGCACGCGUCAAAGUGUCAUCCAAUCACAGGCGAGUGUUUGUGCGCUUCCGGCUACCAUGGUGAGAGAUGUGAAAUUGCAGAGAUGAGCGAAGAGAUGAAGAAGAAGAGGAAAAAGAUGAUGACAAUGAUUGAGAAGAAAAAAUGUGAAACCGGUUUCUACGGUCCGCAAUGCAGUUCCAGGUGUUCAUGCAGUAACGAAUCAACGUGUGAUCACGUGACAGGAAAGUGUAGAUGUACCUCGAACUGGAUUGGUCCCACCUGCUCUAAUGACGCAGGAAAGGCAGAUAAUGAAAGAAGUGAUGUACCCGUGGAAAGAAGUGAUGUACCUCCGGAGAGAGGAAGAUCAUGACGGAUACCCUACCCACAACUGCAUUUCAAGCACUGACAUGUUGUGCACCUUCUCAUCCUCUUGCAUUUCUUCCAUACUUCAUUUUUAACAGAGCACAAUUCUGCGGACGUCCAGAGAAAAUAAAAAUAUCCUCUUAGGAAAUUUGAAUCAAUCAAAUAAUAUUUUAUUGCAUCGUCAUUGUUUUAAAUUAUCUACUCAGAGAUUGAUGUGUUGUCAUUAGAUGGAAGGAUAUAUAGAUGAAUGAAUGAAUGAAUCGAUUGAUGAAUGAAUGAAUGGGUUUAUUAGCACAUAGUUAGCUUUGUUUUUUCAUGUCGUUUUAUUUGCCUUUCUUAUUUAUACGCGCGCUGAUUCUUGAUGAAUUUCAUCGUAAGUG